UAACCAGACCAUGGCGUCCUUGAGUAAGCGACCUCUUCCUUCGAGCCGUUUCCUUUAAACUCCGUUUUCUUGCCGGGCGCUGUUCCCUAGCUUCCCAUGGCGGCUUCUUGCUUCCGGAGUCAUAUCAGCCGCAUUCCAAGGCGGGCUUUGUCCCAUCUCCGAUUGCCUGGACGGAACGCGUGGACAAGUUACAAUAGACUACCGUUGCCGCCAUGUGAAGCAUAUCCUUGUUCUUUGUUCUCUCGUAUAUAUACUGUUGCUACGAUAUGAGUUUCGUAUAAUAAACUCCUUAACCCUUGGCGGAAUCAAAACAAACCACUUCACUAUUAUCGGAAACAACGGCCAUGCGCCCAUCCCAACAUGCUACUUGCUAACAUGCCGUCCUUUCUCCCAAUAGUCAACAAGGCUCGCAAGCCCAAGUUUGAGCUUCAUCUUACGAUAUAUGACCUAAACAACGUACCGCUCGUCAGCGGCACCUCAUUGAUCAAAUGGCACCUCCCACAUUCCAUGCACGGCGAACACCGCGGCCGGACUCCCAAAUGCCCAAUCGACAGCAUCAGCCAUCGUGCCUCCUAUGGUUACUCCAAGGUCGUGCCACUGCGAAUCACAAUCGACCGCAAUAAUAAUUUGACCGAAUGUCCGAUCGAAUUCGAAGUCACUCAGGAAUUCCCUAUAGUGCCCGGCGGCCGGGACGAGAAGAUGACACUGGGUAUCGUCAAGCUAAACCUCAGUGAAUAUGUGGAAGAGAGUGAAAACUUCUCCCGGAGGAGUAUAGGUGGCAGGGUUGGACUUAGCUUGGACUAUGCAAGAGAAAAGAUAGUAGGGGGCCGAAGAUUGAGCACUGCAAGUCAGCACAUGCCAGGAAAUAUUAGUCCGACAAAUACAACCUCAAGGGGCUUCUCGGAGCAGGCUACGUCAGAGGAGGAAGUCGCGGAAGAAGGAAUUGUCCGGAGAUACUUGAUGCAGGAGAGCAAAAUCAACAGCACACUCAAGAUCGGCAUCCUCAUGAUACAGAUUGACGGCGAACGAAACUACGUUGCGCCUCCGUUGAAGACAGCGCCUAUGUUUGGUGGCAUCGCCGGUAUAAUGGCUGGAGACACCGUCGAGCCUGUGGACGACGCAGCGCUGGGUAUGGGCGCUGUCCCGAAUGUAACGAGCGCCACCAAAUCAAGAGACGCGAGCGAGUUGCAGGAUAUGUACCGCCGCGCACUAGCAGCAAGCUGGUCUUGUCAACCCGGGGAACUACCAGCAGAUGAGUGCAUCGAGGACAUCUUCGCUGGGGGCGAUGGGUGGAAAGGACCACGCAGAGGGGACAAGGCCGAUCGCGGCCGAGAGGGAGAUCACAGGGACGCGAGCACCGCCAGCAGUAACAGCGGGGAUGAAGCAGCAGGUGGUACGUUACGGCCAAACGAUAGUAAGCAUAUGCGAGCGCAUAUGCACAGGCGACAACGUAGCGCCGCGAGCGGGAAGAGCAACUUAACGGUUACGGGGCGGAAUGGGGCAACGCGCGAUCCUUGGAGCAAUGGGAACGGAGAACAUAGUCGGCAUAAGGGGCAUACGAGGCAGCACAGUCGAGAGGAUAGUCUGGUGCCACCACAGAGCGGCUUUGAGCACGCGAGUGGGAUGCGGAGUCGCAGCGAGAGUCUGGCUAGUUUGGCACCUACGCUGGGGAGUCUUACAGAUAGGGAUAUGGGGAGAGGGAGGGAGGGGUUCAUGAGGCCCAGGGAGGUGGAUGAGUUUGAGGUUAGGGAGGAUCUUGUGUCUUGGGCUUUGCCUGGGACUAUGGCGUAGUAAUACCUGUCUAGAUAGACAAAUGCAAAUACAUACUUCAG